CUUUUGCAGAUUUAAAGGUUGUUUAAAAAAAAAAAACAAUAUGACAGUGACAUAUGUGGCUUCGGUCUGUGAUGAAUUGCUGAUUAAAAUCUAUUACCUUUUUCUAUUAGUUAAUUAAAACAAUAAUAUUUCGAAAUGGAUGUUUUCAAUAAAUUUUAUUCAUCGGUCAGCAAUACCGUGUCACAAUUGUCUGGUGUCUUACCCGGAAACCCUGUAACAAGAGAGUUUGAAGCAACACAAUUCAUUGCGAGCGCUGGCCCAGGUCUACUAUGGAAAAUAUACAAGGGAUACAAAAAGUCAACAAAACAAGAAGCAUCAAUAUUUGUGUUUGAGAAGAAGCAAUUAGACAGAUGGCAGAAGGCCGACAGAGACAUAAUGUUGGAGACUCUUAAAAGGGGUAUAAUACAGCUAACAAAACUACGACAUCCGCAGAUCUUAACUGUACAGCAUAGCCUCGAAGAGAGUCGUGAGAGCUUAGCGUUCGCCACUGAACCAGUGUUUGCGAGCUUAGCCAAUAUACUAGGCUACACGGAAAAUAUGCCUCAACCAAUACCUGGACAUUUAACCAAUUAUAAACUCUUUGAACUUGAAAUUAAAUAUGGAUUGAUGCAGAUUGCAGAAGGCUUAGCGUUCUUACAUACUGAUGUCAAGCUACUACACAGAAAUGUGUGCCCUGAGUCAAUAAUAGUUAACCAGCAGGGUGCUUGGAAAAUAUUUGGAUUUGAUUUUUGUGUUGCGAAUCAAAACUCAGUAGGAGCGGCUCCAUAUUGGCCUUUUAAUGAGUAUUGUCAAGCUAUGCAUGCUCUCACACAGCCCUCACUAGACUAUUUAGCUCCAGAAUAUAUAUUAUCAGCAUCACAUUCACCGGCAAGUGAUAUAUUUUCUCUUGGAAUGGUUAUAUACGUACUGCACAGCACAGGCCAUCAAACUUUAGGUAAUAUUGGAACGGAUUACAUGAAGUUCAAAAAAUUUGUAAAUGAAGUCAGAAAUUUACCACAGUCCAGAUUGUCAUGUGUAGCUGAAGGUCUACGUGAAUAUGUCAAGUUGAUGCUUAAUUCGACACCAGAAUUACGACCUGAUCCACACCAAUUUUUGAAGAUCGCUUAUUUUGAGGACGUGGGUGUGAAAACUUUGAAUUAUCUAGAUUCUUUAUUCCAAUGGGAUAACCUUCAAAAGUCUCAGUUCUACAAAGGUCUCCCACAGAUAAUUCAGAAAAUGCCACACCGUAUAUGUAUAUACCGGAUUUUGCCAUGUCUAACCAAGGAAUUUGUGAACCCUCCCAUGGUUCCCUUUGUUCUACCAAACGUAUUACUCAUAGCUGAGAACUGUUCUAAAGAGGAAUUUGUGAAACACAUCUUACCGGUUCUGAAACCAGUCAUGGUAGUUCAAGAACCCAUCCAAAUACUUCUAAUAUUCAUGCAAAAGAUGGAAUUGCUUCUGAAGUUGACACCCGGUGAUGAAAUCAAAACGGAUAUCUUGCCAAUGCUAUACAGAGCUUUGGAAUCAGAUGCUCAACAGAUACAAGAGUUGUGUUUGUCAGUUUUACCAACGUUUGCCUCAUUGAUUGAUUAUCCUGCUAUGAAGAAUGCUUUAUUACCACGCAUAAAAAAAUUGUGUAUGAGCACGAAUUUUAUUUCGGUUCGUGUAAAUAGCUUGUUGUGCAUUGGCAAACUCUUGGAGCAUUUGGACAAAUGGUUGGUGUUGGAUGAGAUAAUACCGUUUUUGCCGAAAAUACCUUCGAGGGAACCUGCUGUCUUAAUGGGCAUUUUAGGUAUAUAUAAAUUAGCUUUAAGUCAUCAAAAACUAGGGAUAACUAAGGAAGUCUUGGCCACAAAAGUGUUGCCAUUCCUCAUACCUCUAUGCGUUGAGAAUGGUUUGACUCUGACCCAGUUCAAUGCGUUGGUCACACUGGUGAAACAGAUGAUUGCCAAAGUGGAGAGCGAGCAUAGAGCUAAAUUGGAACAGCUCAACUCUAUACAGAACGAGUCCAGAGUGAUGGAGCACGCCCUCUCGGCGGACCUGGGCCCCUCCCCGCUGGCGAGCCCCGCGCCGGACGUGCGGGCGGCGCCGCUGGGGGCGCGGGACGCGGGCUCCCUCAGCAUCCAGGAUAAACAGAGGAUAGCUCAAGCGCAAGAAUCUGUCCGGCAGUUUGCAAACCAGCAUCAGCCGGCUCCGAUCAGGGCGCCUCCUAAGUCGUCUCCUCCCAAACCUCUCGACCUCACGUCGUCUCUCUUACAGUCCAACCUCACGCAGCUGUCCACUCAGCAGGCCCGACCUGGUACCACGCCCGGUAGUCACUUCGCCCCCAAUUACCACAGCAGUAUGAUCAGCACCAUGGGUCACAGCACACUGGUGCUAAACCACGCCCAGGGCAUGGGUGGCGCGCCGGGUACGGGGGCGGCGCCCGGCGCUGGCUGGCCCGCGACGCCGAACUCCAAUUUCAACAACAAAUGGGUGAACAACCAGAACUCUCACACAAACACGAGACAGGACUGGUCGGCCUUCGAGUCGCUCCUCCCCGACCAGAGCACGAACAAUAAUAAAAAAAUGGCCGACAACGAAAUGAUGGAUUUGUUGAGUUAAUAUCAAUAAGAAUGUUUAUAAAUAUAUAUGAAACGCAGAGAUAACCUGGAAUAUUACGUAUAAUAUAUUAUGUAAAUUAUUAAGAUUUUUGUGUUUUCUGUUUAUUAAUUUCGAAUCAAAAUUUUCGAACUCAGACGCUGUUACCAAAACAACAGCUCAAAGUAUUUCGUAAAUAAAAAAAGGUUUGAAUCGGCCAAAUAAUAAUUAGCGUAUUUCUGAGCGCUAGUGACGCCCAAUUAUAGCAUUCGAUCCUUGUUUCCGACAAUUCAAGCCUUAGUAUUUAUAUUUAUUACUUAUUACUCAGUAUUCAUUUAAUACAUUACAUUCUUUGUCAAGCUCGAAAAAAAAACUGCUUUCAAUUUUAUAUUAUUUUAACAAAGUUCGUUAAUAGCUACCAAAGAAAAUCGGUUGACAAGCAGAGAAGAUAAUGGGUACGUAUCUGUUAUAUAUUUUCGAGGAAAACUAAUCUACAUGUCUAUAGUACUUUAUUGAUAUUAAUAACAUUGAAAUCGGUCAAUAUCGAUAUUUAGUUAUGUAUACACUGUCGUAGUACAAAUUGUUGGGGUCGCGGUUCUUUUUUAGCUUUGUCCGUGCAAAGAUAAAACAAUAAUAAGGUCGUAAUAAAUAAAUACUAUGACGCAACAGUAUUUUCUUCUCGGUAGAUAGUCAUUGUAUGCUGUGAUUUUAUCUCUUUUAAAGUCUCAAUUAAUAUUUAUUUUUUUGUAGUUUUUAACGUUCUCGAUAGCGAAAAAGUUAGUUAAGAGAAGUUAAAUCUAAUUUGUAUGCAGUUGGAACAGCGCCCAUAGCGGCAAACGUUGGCAAACGUUCCAAUUCCAUACAAAUUUGAGUUAACUUUUACGCUAUCGCGAACGUUAAAUAACUCGCACUAAGCAUACUGAGCCCCACUCCGACAUGGAGCAGCUGAUUCCAUGGCUACAAACGCACCAAAAAGGGUUAUAAUUUUUGGCGCGCAAAUGUCGAUAUGUUCAUUUCCAUAUUAAUAACAUGUAGGUUAUAUAGAUUAGUUUAGAAAAUCAAUAUAUGUAUGAUAUAUUUCAGACAUUCCACAUGAAAAACAGGCUAAUGACAAGGGUUUUGUAUAACAAUUAAAUAAUUGAAAUUUACAGUUAGCAAGUUGCAUAGUGUUACAAUAGUGUAGCUAGGUGCAUAGUAUAGUUUGUUCGCGAUAGAUUACUCAUGUCAAAAUAGAAAGCGUCUACUUUAAUUAUAUUAAUUAAUGUACUUAUUUUGCUUUAAUUGAACUGUCAAUUCCUAAAAACAAUUUUAAUGAAUGCCUAUCAGAAUGUGAUCUUUACUUUAAGAUUUAUGACAUUUCAAAUAAAUUGAUUGAAUUUUAAUUGUUUUUAAUUGACACGCUAAAUACGAACUCAUCUGUCUUGUUGAACAUCCACGGCUGAGGGCAUAUUUGUCUUCGAGGUAUUUACAGAAAUUUAUUUUAUAUAAAUUCGAGGGGUGAAAGACUAUUUGGUUUAAGCGACAUUUCGCUUAAUACGCGACAAUUCGCUUAAUACGCGACAAUUAUCUUUGUAAUUAAAAAAGUUCUCCGUUUUAUUUGGUAGUAGUAUCACUUUGUAAUUAAAGAUGUCAUUUAUUUGGUACUAAUAUAAACAAUUCGAUGCUUUUAAUUGAACUUUAAUUAAGUUUACCCCCAUUCAAAUAGUUGAAGAAGUUUUAAUGACUGUCCUGUAAAGUUGCAAAAAUGUCGCUUAAACCAAAUAGACAUUCACCCCUCGAAUUUAUUAAAAAACAGGAGAGCAUACGAAAUGUAAAAUAAUGCUUUACUCGAUAUCAUCGCAGGGCAUUGAUGGCCUCGCAACCCAUAUGCUCAAAUAUGUUCGGGAAUUUAAGUUAUGGUGGAAAAAAAACCACGUGUAUAAGAAAACCAUGAAAAUAUUACACCUUUUUUGGUAGAUUUAUAAAAAGAGGAUAGCCUUUUCCGUAAUAACUAGAAUGAAACCCAAAAAAAUCUAAAACGAAGGUAGUGUAAGAGUCAGUUACCUGCGCUGCGGAUAUAGCUCGGCAGGAGACCUUUGGCGCCAAUUUGGACCGUUGGAGUCGAUUGCAUAUGUUUGUAUUUAAUGGACCAGCUUCUUUUUUAUUUUAUUUUAUUGCUUCUAUGGGUUCACAGUUAAGUGGUUACUGGAGCACAUAGACAUCUACAACUGGACCAGCUUCUUUUUUUUUUUUUUUUAUUGCUUCUAUGGGUUCACAGUUAAGUGGUUACUGGAGCACAUAGACAUCUACAACGUAAAUGCCGUCACCCACCUUGAAACCGAAACGCAUUACUGCUUCACGGCAGAAAUAGGCAGGGUGGUUGUACCUACCCGUGCGGACUUUUUUUUUUAUUUUUUUUAUUGCCUUUGUAGGCAGACGGGCAUACGGCCCACCUGAUGGUGAGUGGUUACCGUCGCCCAUGGACUUCAGCAAUGCCAGGGGCAGAGCCAAGCCGCUGCCUACCGCUUAAUACUCUCCAUAAGCCUCGUUUGAAGAAGGACAUGUCAUAGCGCUCGGGAAACACCGUGGAGGGGAGCUCAUUCCAUAGCCGGAUGGUACGUGGCAAAAAAGAUCUCUGGAAACGCACUGUGGAUGACCGCAGUGGCUCCAGGUAGUAUGGAUGAACUCUACUCCGGUGGCGGGCGGUGCGAUGGUAAAAACGAGAUGCUGGUAUCAUCUCGAACAAUUCCUCAGAGCACUCCCCAUGGAACAUACGGUACAAAAUACAGAGGGAACCGAAGUCCCUCCGCAGACCCAGAGGCUCCAAACGAUCCGAGAGAAUGGGAUUAUCGACAAUCCGAACGGCCCUCCUCUGUAUGGAGUCAAAUGGAAGAAGCUGGUAUUUGGGAGCCCCGGCCCAGAGAUGGGAGCAGUACUCCACGCGAGGCCGGACUUGUGCUUUAUAAAGCAAAAGUCUUUGUCCAGGCGUGAAGUACCGCUUCGCUCUGUUGAGGACUCCCAGCAUUUUGGACGCCAACUUGGCUUUGCCUUCCAAAUGACUCCGAAACUGGACAUCGCUCGAAAUGUCGACCCCAAGUAUCCCGAUACUCUCGGAAGGUUGCAGGGAUACUCCUUGGAAUUGCGGCGCCAUGACAAAGGGGUCCUUCUUCGCAGUGAACGCGCAAACCUGUGUCUUCAACGGGUUGAAUUGAACUAAGUUCGAUUCACCCCAUUUGGAGACUCGCCCCAGAGAGUUCUCCACUUCAGACACAAGUUUUGAUCGUCUCUCUUGCACCACGCUCCGAGAGAGACUCUGAUGGCCGAUAUAUCGCGCAUCCCCCGUGCUAUCAUCUGCAUAGCAAUGCAUGCCAUCAAUAGACAGCAUGUCAUUGAUAUACAGGAUGAAAAGCGUGGGGGAGAGCACCGAACCUUGUGGAACGCCAGCGUUAAUGGUCAUGGUAUCAGAACAGUCACCGUCUACAACGACCGUGAUGCUCCGCCCAUCCAAAAAGCUAGCGAUCCACUUGCAGAGACCCUCGGGGAUUCCGUAAGAUGGUAACUUCGAUAGAAGUGCCCUAUGCCAGACCCUGUCGAAGGCCUUCGCGAUAUCAAGGCUCACAGCAAGAGCCUCGCCCUUGCUCUCCAAGGCUUCAGCCCACCUGUGAGUAAGGUAUACAAGAAGAUCGCCAGCUGAGCGACCGUGACGGAAACCGUACUGUCGGUCACUGAUCAGCUGGCGAUCUUCAAGAUACUUCAGGAGUUGUGUAUUUAUAAUUCGCUCCAUCACCUUGGAAAGCAAGGAAGUUAUCGCGAUAGGCCUGUAGCUCGAUGGGUCCGACCGGUCACCCUUCUUGGGGAUAGGGUGGACGUGGGCGGUCUUCCAUGAAGACGGAACCCUGUUAGUGCAAUAAGAGAGGCGAUACAAACGCGUUAGCGCAGGCGUCAGCUCAGGGGCGCACGUUUUCAAAACCACUGCGGGGAUGCCGUCUGGCCCACUCGACUUAUGGACGUCCAGGAGUCUGAGCUCCCGCCUGACUGCACACUGUGUGAAGCAGAUUUCCGGCAGGGAGCUAUCACACCGGGGGAUGUUCGGUGGUGUGGCACCCCCAUCAUCCAUAGUCGAGUUCGAGGCGAAGAGUUUGACCAGAAGGUCAGCCUUCUUUUUCGCACUAUGGGCCAGACUGUCAUCGGACUUGCGCAGUGGUGGGAGACUAGACCUGCAGAAGUUUCCUUCUGCAGCUUUGGCGAGCGACCAAAAAGCACGGCUCCCGGAGGGAUAGCUCUUCAAUCGCUCGCCAACUCUAGCGACGUGCUCCGACUUCGCCUUGGCAAUUACCUUCUUGUAGGACCUGGAAGCGGCGUUAUAUUUCCGCCUUUCCCCUGAGAUGUUAGGAUCCCGACGUCUCCUGGCAUUAUCCCAUGCCACGUAUGCGGACCGCUUGUGGACUCACAACACGUUCUACUACCAGUAAUUACGCGAAUUGUAAUUUUGCGAGUUUGAUUUUUAUUACACGAUGUUAUUCCUUCACCGUGGAAGUCAAUCGUGAAGAUUUCAUAAGAACUUAUUUAAAAAAUCAUAAAAUCAUAAGUUUUUGGCAAAGGAAUCUUUAGCCUUCAGAAAAAUCGUAAAAGUGUAUUGAUAAACAUUGUAUUAAAAAUACUUAAUAUAAUAAGCGAAACAUAAUUUUUAUUUAUAAAAAUGUUAAAAAGCUAUACUUUUUUUUACAGAUUAUAAAGAAAUAUUGUAGGGUUACAUUCUUCAUUUAAAUUAAUAAUAUUUCAACCCCUUUUAACUGUCGAUUAUAAAUCUUAAAGCUAAACUUAUUAAAAUUACUUAAUAUAAAAAGAACGCGGGAAUGGUCAUUUUCCGGUUUUUAUACUAAAAAUAAUAGUAUUAAUAUCUAUAAAUAAUUAUUAGUUUAAUAUAUUAAUUAAAUUCACAUAUUUAGUGUUUCCAAGGUUUUGUUUAAAAAAAUAAUGAACAAUACGGUUUUAGUUUGAGUAAUAUACUCAAGUUGAGUGCGAUAUCCAUCAUCAUUAACAACAAAUAGAUACGCUACGCUUUUUAAUUGGAUGAAUAAUCCUAAUUAGUUACACUGUUUUACCGACAUAAUAAAUUCUUAUAAAUGUGAUUCAAAUAUACGGUUAUUGUUUCCCUUAUUGCUUAUUGCUUGAAUCAUUUAUCACGUUAUUUUGAAAUAAGUCCGGCAGAAUAACCGUUAUAGAUAACUUUCCUUUAUCAAAAGUGACUGCGCUCAAUUUCAAUUUAAGUUAACUACAAAGGUAUUUCACAUAAAUAUACAUUGGUAAUUUUAUGUGACAAUAUGUUUAUAUUUUUGAGUGCAAAGGAAUAUGCUGGUCACUUUGCUGUACCCAGUAGAAACCAAUUGUAUGAAAUAAGUCAUUAAUUAAAUUGAAGACGAUAGUGCUAAUAGUGAAAGGCUUAACCAAUUUUUAAUUAAGUAGGUAAUAAUUUUUUUAUCGUUUUUGCCGUCUACAUAUAAUAUUUUCUUACUUAAUUUUUUUUUCAGUCGCUAUUGAAAUUUAUAAAUAAUAAUAGUUUUAUUUUAUUUUAUAUUCUCACAAUAUUAUCUUCUUCUUCUAAAAGAUAACGCGAAAAACAUACAAGCGGUUACAGUUUGAAGCACACUAGCUGUUAAGAAACAUGUUUUAUAUUCGUAAUUAAACGAUAAUGACCAAAUCAUAAUGAAAAUGGCGACAACCGUGUUGGAAGCUGUCAUCGUCGCGGUAGUGUCAAAGUCAUUGAGCGUGCUGUUGUACAGGGGCUGCUCGAGGAUGCUCGAGGCGGCUGUUGAGAAGCUAGCUAGCAUGCACCAAACGACUAGUAGACUUUUACUAUUGGAUAGUGUAAUACC